AGCAGUGUUGUUGAAGGGAUUGAAGAGUAAACAUAGGAUCCACGAUCAACUCGAUUUUAUACUUUUGUUUCUAUUUCUCUGGAGGCAGCUAGCUAGGGUCAUACUCAUGGGGAGCUUGAAAGGAGACAGUGGACAUGCCAAUGGCGAAAAUCUUACCGAAGCUCUUUUGCCAACACGAGAUGCACAACAACAACAUCAAACAGACGACGAGGAACAAAGAUUUGGUGACAAGCUCUGGCUUGAAACCAGGAAGUUAUGGCUCAUUGUGGGGCCCUCUAUAUUCAGCCGCCUCGCGUCGUUCACCAUGAAUGUUGUCACCCAAGCCUUCGCCGGUCACUUGGGUGAUGUCGAACUCGCUGCCAUUUCUAUCGCCAACAACGUUCUUGUUGGCUUCAAUUUCGGCCUCCUUUUGGGGAUGGCGAGCGCGUUGGAGACACUGUGCGGGCAAGCGUUUGGGGCGAAGAGAUACCACUUGUUGGGGAUAUACAUGCAGAGGUCAUGGAUUGUUCUGUUCAUGUGCUGUUUCCUGCUGUUGCCGUUUUAUGUUUUUGCAACGCCGCUUCUGAAAUUCCUAGGACAGCCAGAUGACGUGGCAGAGUGGAGCGGGGUGGUGGCAGUGUGGCUCAUUCCCCUGCACUUCAGUUUCGCGUUUCAGUUUCCUAUGCAGAGAUUCCUACAGUGCCAGCUCAAGACAGCAGUUAUUGCUUGGGUUUCUCUGCUGGGUUUGGUGGUUAAUGUGGUCACAAGCUGGCUCUUCAUUUAUGUCUGGGAUUUUGGACUUUAUGGCGCAGCUAUUUCUUUGGACAUUUCUUGGUGGGUUUUGGUUUUUGGCAUGUAUGCUUACAUUGCCUAUGGUGGCUGCCCUUUGACUUGGAAUGGUUUCUCCCUUGAAGCUUUUUCUGGACUCUGGGAAUUCCUCACACUCUCUUCCGCUUCUGGGGUCAUGUUAUGCUUAGAGAACUGGUACUACAAGAUAUUGCUACUUAUGACUGGCCAGUUGGAGAAUGCCACUAUCGCUGUGGAUGCCUUGUCUGUAUGUAUGACCAUCAACGGGUGGGAAAUGAUGAUUCCCCUGGCUUUCUUCGCGGGUACUGGGGUAAGGGUGGCGAACGAGUUAGGCGCAGGAAAUGGCAAAGCAGCAAAAUUUGCAACGCAAGUAUCAGUGGCACAAUCAACAAUCAUUGGGCUUAUAUUUUGCGUUCUGAUAAUGAUAUUCCAUGAGCAUAUAGCAUACAUAUUCACCACCAGCACUUCCGUCCUACAAGCCGUUGACAACAUGUCAUUACUCUUAGCUAUCACCAUUCUUCUCAACAGUGUACAACCCGUUUUGUCAGGAGUGGCUGUUGGAUCCGGAUGGCAAGCAUACGUUGCAUAUAUAAAUAUAGGAUGCUACUACCUUAUCGGGUUCCCACUCGGAAUUAUAAUGGGAUGGGUCUUCAAAAGUGGUGUAAUUGGCAUUUGGGGGGGCAUGAUUUUUGGUGGCACAGCAAUUCAAACGCUGAUACUGAUCAUAGUAACGAUACGAUGUGAUUGGGAAAAGGAGGAGGAGAAAGCUUGCUUUCGUGUAAGUAAGUGGUCAAAAUCUAACUCCAAUGGCAAUCUGGAAGCCUCCAAUUAACAUUUGAUUUAGCCAAUGGAUCGUGUUUGUUAUUCACCAAUCUGGAUUCUAUGAGUUUUGCCGUUGUAUUGGAUGCUGCAUAUAUAUAUAUUUCUUUCAAUAUUCACCAAGUUGUUGUUGUAUUCAAAAUUAAAGGCCCGGUUAUUCUUUAGGAUAGCUAUGUUAUAUUACCAUGAGUUGAAUUUGGAGAUCCCCACGCACCGACAAUACAGUUGUAAUUCCAACCUAUGGUGUUACUACAUAUUCUUUAGAUUGUGGAGACGGAUAAGAUGAGAGAAAAGUGAUGAAGCUCGUGAUUUACCCUGUCAUCAUUAAUUUCUUUGAUUCCUUGUUUUCUUAUCUUUUAUUGCUGGCUAACAACUAGCUGGACAAGGUUUCUUUGUUCACAACUACAAAAAGAAGCUUCUACAUCGGUUGAAAACCGGUAUCUACGACGGGCCCCACACCGUCUUUGUUCCAGAUGUCGUUGUAUGUCGACAACAACAACAUCGGUCAUCCUAGGACCCGUCUUUGUAAUGCAAGAAUACAACGUCAGUGGCUAUAAAAGAAUAGACGUUAUAAAAAAGGAUUCAACGACGCACAUAUUAGACAA